AGAGCUGCUUUCCUCCAAGCAGCCGACAGAUGCUGGGGCAGGAAGCCAGACCAAUAGCAAAUGCUUUUGGUGUCUUGCAAAAAACUUUUUUAGAAACAGUUUUUAGGAAAGUUUGUUAGAAUCACCUAUACCCAGGAAAACUUCCACGAAUGAUAACCAAAAACACACAUACUAAGUAGAUAAAAUAAAUAUAUAUACGUAUAUUUCCAGUAUUGGUAUUGAGCUAUAAUCUCAUCAUUUGAUGAAUAAUAGCAGCAACAGAUAGAAACUAUUUAGUGGGCCAAUACAAGUCUGUUUGUGUAAUACCAGGACCAACAAAGAAGCACAUAAAGCUACAGCUCUUGCAAAAAGAAGCCUACAAUAAAAUUAUACUGAGAGAAUAGUCGGUAAAUUCAAGCAAAGUAUCUUUCAAUGCAACAAGACAUGUGUUGUUCAGUGUUACAGUAAUCUGUAAAUCUGUUUGACGAAACAGUCCGCUUUUGUGACAACUAAACCUUUGUGUCACCCAAUUUCAAAUGACAUUUUAGCUUCGUGUUUCUUUUAAGGGCCAAAAAUACUUAUUCUAAACGAAUCCAUUCAGUCUCCUGCAUUGGAUGUCACAUCGGGUUUCAUUUAAAUUGACGCUUAACUCGAAUUUCAUUAUCUGAAUGUUUGCUUUGGUCCAUUUUUUCAUAUGUGCAUUGAUGCUUGGUAGGUUUGGCCAUUGAUCUUCGCCUAGGUGAAGACUCGACCUCUUCAGGAAGCGCACAGAUUUGCCGCGCGUAUCCACACAUCGAACCAGGCGCGCGCUGGGCUCACAUCUUCAGUGGCAAUGCGUGCAUUCGGACCGAGACAUCGCUACACCAUAACACAAGUACGAUUCCGCAAAGGAUAAGGAUUAGGAGAUACGUUUAAUGUGGUGUAUUUCUCACUUUUGAACUGAUUUAAAGAUGAAUGUGGAAUAACCAACGAAGAGUUUGGAUUUACUGUUGGCGUUUCUUGAGGAAGAUAUCAACAGUGGAAAUAUUUUGGUUGCUAUGGUGGAGGAUCUCCUAAAAUGAACACAGGUAGUUGACAAUCAAGUGCGAGUUAUCAAAAGCAGCUGCAGGCUUCUCAACCAAAGAUUCGAAGUCAUCUGACAAUAAAGGUGCAUUCGACCCUCAUGUCAAGGUCUUGUCCCUCAUCGCGAGGUCCUAAGCCUCCUGUUGCUCCCAAGCCAAGACUGUCCUUGGUUGUGGAGGGUGAAAACAGCUUGAGCAUCUUGGUUAAUGGAGACUCAGCUCUUUCAGAGAGCGAGACAGAGCAGGAAAGUGAUCCAGAGGCUAUAUGGAAUGAAACAGAUGAUAGUGCCAUCGUUGUCUCAAACGAGCUUCAUGAGCAUGCAGACACAAAUGACCAUCCCGGGGAGGAGCUGACACUCAAUAAUGAUGGCUCCAGUGAACUCGUGGAGGACCUGGACAGGAAUGGGGUAGACGAGGAGGCGGAGGACUGUGCAAAGGAGGAUGAGGCGGAGAGGGAGGAGGCCGCCGGUGAAACAGCCGACACCCUCUCUCUCAGGUCAGCUCAAGAUCCCGAGGCACUUACUGACUGUGGAGAUGCUGCCGCUGCCGCUGCUUACGUGGAGGAUGACAAAAACAAUGAUGAAACUUGUGAUGAUGAGGACACCGCAGAGGCCCCUGUGGAUAGUCUGCAAUGCGAGAUAUACUCCGAAAUACAGGGAGAUGCAGAGGCGGAGGAGGGAGGUGGGGUCCUGCAGAGCCCCAGCAAUGAUGGUGACAACCCUGAAGAGCAGACGGAGACGCCUGGUCGUGAGAUGGAAGAGCCAGAUGGCUCUGAUGGCACCUCCUGCCUCAGCAAACCCAUCACUGAGCAUGACAGCCAGCUGUGCGAGUGGGACCGCAGCCCAAAUCACCGCAGAGGAUGUUUACACUCUGAGCUGCCUCAGAACGGGGCCAGCGAGGAGGAGGCCGGGUUGUCAUCACAGGCCACCAACUGCAUUGAGCCCCCUAUAGGUGAGGAGUAUCCAUACGAUGUGAUUGGUCCGCUGGAUGAGAACAGCGAAUGGCAGCCGGAGCGUGCCACUAAAGACCGCUCUGGAUGCUACCGGUUCUCAGAUGAGACAGAUGAGGAUGUUUUUGAGCCUUAUGCUGUUAUAGAGAUGGUGCCUGCAGACGUGGAGGCAACUGUUGAUCCAGAGUUGGUGGACAGAGAGAAUGAAUCUGAUAGUGAGAUUGUGCCAGACUCCACAAGAGACCAAGAGACAGGCAACUCAAAUGAAGAGCCUUACUAUGUUUCAACAGAUGAUGUAGCUGAGGCAGAGAAAGCCCAGCUAGAUGCGGAGCAGGAACUGGCCCAAAGUAACGCAGACAAAAACACAGAAAUAGUUGACGACUAUGCAGAUAUAGAUAUAGACUGUGAGGACGGAGAUGACUUUCUGCAUUUAGAGUGUGUGUCGUCGUCGGAUUACGUUGAGAUAGGCGAUGAUGACGAUAGUGACACAGAGCGGAGGAGCAAAGGAGGCAAGAGCAUAAAGGAGCGCAACGCCAAACGCAACAGCUGUCAGCGCAAUAGCUGCCAGCCUCGUGUCAGACUCUGUAACAUCACAGUGCCAGCAGGACUGGAAUCGAACCGAACACCUGAGCUGACCAACAGGGUGGUGUUUGCCCACACCACCGAAGCGUUUGAGGAGGACAUAGAGGACCUGGACUGCCACAUCGUGCCUUUUUUCGAGGACAGCGACACAGACAGCGACGAGCACAUUUAUGAGGAAGCAGGGCUGGACUCUGAAGGUGAAAACUUCAUCUCCCUGGACAGGAAGAGCAUUGUGACACGCUCACGCUCUCUUUCUGGGAAAGUGCCUGGCUAUGUCCCUGAGACUGUUCCUGAGGAAACCAGCAGUGAAUACCAGACCCAUGAGUACUACUCAGUGGCCCUAGACCAAAAUGGAGAUCCACUCAAGCUCCACUCUGAGGUAAAUCGCCUGAUCCCUUCUCUGAAGCCCAGGCGUUUUCUCUUGAGUCCACGAUCGUAUUCUAUGGAAGGGCGAGAGCUCCCACUGAUAGCUCACCUGGAGGGGGACAGCUCUCCCCGGGAGGAAAGGCUGAGAAGGAAAGAUGACAACCUCUCUUUGCCAUGUGUCAUUGCCUCAUCAGGAAGUUUCUCUCAGAGAAGCUACCAUUCUUCCAGUGGCGUGUCCACCCCAACCUCUAUGGUCGACAUCCCGCCACCUUUUGAGUUGGCGUACAUCACAAAGAGGCCUGUCACCAAAAGCUCACCAUCUCUCUUCAUCCAGCACGAAUCUUCUGACAGGCCCACAAAGAAAAAAUCUUCUUUCAAACGUUUCCUGGCACUGAAGUUCAGGAGGAAAACAGACAGCAAGCCCCAUGGAGAUGGCAGCGUGCGCUCCUCACGUUCCUCCUCGGAGUCCAGCCACCAUGGGCCUGGCCGGCUUCUGGAGCUGGACCGCAGGAGCACCAGCAGCUCCCCUCAGCUGCAGUCUCGUGUGGUGACCCAGCAGCGGAUGCCCGAGCUGCCUGCAACCUUUCUGCUCUACAAGGACAGGCAGAAGAGAAAAGGAGCCCCCAAGACCUUUGGCGACAGGCGCAUCUCCAGGGUGGAGUCCUUUGAGGAUCGCUCCCGUCCCCCUUUCAUGCCUUUGCCCCUCACCAAGCCCCGCUCCAUCUCCUUCCCCAGCGCAGACAUGUCAGACUACGAGAACAUUCCAGCCAUGAGUUCUGACUAUGAGAACAUCCAGAUACCCACUGGAAGACCUACACGUGCGGUGACCAUCACAGAGUUCUUUGAUGACCGCAACCGGAUGGCCAUGCCUUCUAAUGAGAACGAUGGCUAUGUGGACAUGAACAUCUUUGCUGGAAUUGAGAACAAGCCCCAGACAUCCGAUCAGGAGACUGAAAGUGCCUACACAGAGCCGUUCCCUGUGUGUCCGGCAUCCACCAGCCUGUCUGCUGAAGAAGACCAUGGGCGCACCUCCGAAGAGGAAGAGGGCUGUGGAGAUCAUGGCUAUGACAGACAGAUUGAUGGGCGAUCCCGAGCCUUCUACGUGGCCAAGGAGCUGGUGGACUCCGAGAGGGAACAUGUAAAAGCUCUGAAGCACAUUGAGGAGGACUUCAGGGAAGCCGUGGCGGCAGCAGUGGGGGAGGACGGGGAGCCUGCUCUGGAUGAGGACGCGCUGGGCGAGAUGCUGGGGCCCCUCCCAGACAUCUACCAGCUACACUGCAGCAUCCUCGCCGAGCUGGAGAAACGCAUCUGCCAGUGGGAGGAGAGUCAGCAGGUGGUGGACGUCAUCCUGACACGGCGUGCCGAGUUCACCGUGUUCACCGGCUACAUCUCAGACUACGACCAACGCAUGGCCCUCCUGGAGGAGAGCUGCACCCAGCACCCAGCCUUCUCUGGCAUCGUCACAGAGUACCAGGUGCAGAAUGGCGAGGGCGUGCAGGUGCCCCUGAAGCAUCAGCUGCUGCAGGUCAUUGUGCGGGUGCUGCAGUAUCGCAUGCUCCUCACAGACUACCUAAACAAUCUCUCUCCGGACUCCAAAGAGUAUGAAGACACUCAAGCUGCCCUGGUAAUUGUGUCAGAGGUGGCAGACCAGGCCAAUGAUAGUCUCAAACAAGGGGAGAACCUGCUGCGUCUGGUCCACAUUGAGUACAGCGUCCGUGGGAAGAGGGACCUGCUGCAGCCUGGGAGGGUGUUUGUGAAGGAAGGCACGCUGAUGAAGGUUUCCCGCAAGAGCCGACAGCCGAGGCAUCUGUUUCUGAUGAAUGAUGUGAUGCUGUACACCUAUCCCCAGCAGGACGGCAAGUACAGGCUCAAGAACACCCUCCCUCUAAGCGGAAUGAAGAUCAGUAAACCCGUCAUAGAGAAUGUGCUGAACACCCUUCGGAUUGAGGUCUCAGAUGUGACCAUCACCCUGUCUGCCAGCUCCUGUGGUGAGAGAGAGGACUGGUUUCACACACUCAGUCGGGCCAUAGCAGAUCAUGCCGCUGGCCUAAACACAUUCAGCUGCUCCAGCGAGGCUCGGGAGAAGCUGUGGAUGUCCCUGGGGGAGGCGGCUCCCAUCCUGGUGCCUGUGUCACAGGUGUUGAUGUGCAUGAACUGCACCUCGGACUUCAGCCUCACUCUCAGGAGGCACCACUGCAACGCCUGCGGGAAGGUGGUGUGCCGCUCGUGCUCCCGAAACAGAUACCCUCUCAAGUACCUCAAAGACCGGAUGGCCAAAGUGUGUGACCACUGCUAUGCUGAGUUACGCAAACGAGGUGGCGCCCUUCCGCGUGCCAGCCUUGGGAAUGCCAGCCCCCGGCCUAACAGAGCCAGCAGACCCCUCUCUGCCGUGUUCCAGAGCUUCCAGCCCCCCAGUCUGUGGAGGAACAGGAAGAGCAUCUCACCCCUCGCACAGGUGUCUGUGGGUGCUGAGGGCUCCACCAUGACCGGCAGCCUGCAGCGGUGCAAGAAGAGCAAGAGGAAGUGGAAGAGGCUGUGGUUCCUCCUUAAAGACAAGGUGCUCUACACCUUCAAAGCCCGCGAGGAUAAAGUGGCUGCGGAGAGUCUUCCCCUGCAGGGCUUCACCGUGAAGCUGUCCGAGCCCUCCGAGGGGGGUGAGGCCUCCAGCGUGUUCCAGCUCUACCACAAGAAGACCCUCUACUACACCUUUAUAGCAGACGACCAGCACACAGCCAGGAGAUGGGUGAAUGCCAUGGAGGAGGCCACCGUUUUGUAGCAUUCGUCCACUUCGAGACAGCCUGGACCCUCAUUCGCUCCAAUAUUUACCACCCUUCAGACAAACCUGCUAGUGAACAUGUACUACAUAACAUUGACUGGAUGUUACUUCAUGCAAGAGGAUCGACCACACUGCCCUGGGAAAAAGGUGGGCCCAGUUAGCAUGUCCACUGAGACAUGCGCAAGGCCAUACUUCUACAUGCUGUGAGUGUGUUUUGGGAUCUCUACACUGCCACCCUCAAUCUGUGCCCAAGCAUGGCCUGUCUGUGCCAUCUCUGUAUAUACAUUUGCCAAUGGAGAAUCAUAUGGACAAUGCUGAGGAUUUUUUGCUUUUUAUGCCCUUUUGAAAACAGGACAGCUCAUUGACAGUACGUCCAUAUGCACCGGACUGUACAUUUCUAUUUUGUUUCUACUCAACCGUAUUUAGUAGCUUAACGUACCGAAACCUUAAGGGAAAUGGAGGCUAAAAUGACCCAUUUGUUUAUUCACCUGAAUGAUAUUAUUUCAAAGCAAGGGCUUAAAGAGUGAGAUAUUUCACCACAAAUCGAGGACCCAAUUGGCGGUAAGACCUCACUACCUACAGCCUGUAAUAGAUAGUUUCCCACACUAAUAGUUUCAGUGCUUCUCUUUAGCUCCAAACACUUGCACUGAUCAUUGCUUCAUAAACACAAAAGAAAAAGGUGAAACUAAAGGACUGGACACCCUCGGCACAUCUCAGUUUAAUGCAUUACUUCUGCUCUGCCUCUUCGGGACGACCCCUCUUUAAAAUCAUAGCACUAAUUAAUUGUUAGGUUGAGUGAAAGGCUAACAAUAUUGGCAUAUCAUUAGUAAAUUAAAUCAUUCAAAUCACUGACAAUAAGACUGCUCCAUAAAGUCUCUCAGUAUUAUUGUGCUCAGAUCCUCUGCUGAAGGAGCCCAUCUCUGCAGAGAAAAUGACAAAUUAAUAUCCUCUCGUCACUCUUUCAUCCUCUGUCCUUGGAGUUUGAAGCACGUUCGUGCCAUUCAGAAUGAAAUAUCUGCAAUGAAUCCUUAUUCACUGAUUCCCAUUCCACUCAUCCUUGGACUUUACGACUCAUUUUUUUUUGUAUGUCAUUUUAUGUUCUUAGACCUUCUCUUACACUUCAGCCUACCAUUACAGAUUUGAUGUAUCGUGGACAUAAAGUUAUGUGCAGCCUAUCAGAUUUAAGAUUUGUGACACUGGGACCUCUUAAUGAAACCACUUAACCUAUGGGCCACCACUAUCUUGUACUAUUGUACUGAAGUUAGUGAACCUGGCGGACCCAAGGGAUAUCAGUAUAUACCGGUUAGAACAUAGCAUUAGCAUAGCAUAAGUGUUACAGUGAUCUCAGAUUUAUACCAAAAGAAAAUGAUGUAUAUACAUAUAUUGACAUGGGUUGUUUCUUUUAUAUAGAGGGUAUAUGGUAAACUCAAGGAUAUUUUAUGUACAUUGUAACAUGAAUAAUUUUUUUUGAAAUUAUUGACAGCACAUGCAAAAUUAGUCUCUGGCACCCAAUGACACACUAAAGAUCUUAGGUUAGUGUGUGUAUGUUCAGUGCUUGUAAUGAUACAGUUUGGAGUGCUACUGAUCAUUCAUGUGUAGUCAUCUACAUAGAAAUUUGCAGGGAAAGUGGGAGACAUUAUCUAAGUGUAAGUCAAUGAUCUAAGUAUAUGUAAAGAUGUAUUUCGCUGUGAAAACAUAGCCAUCACAUAUUUUAUCUGAUAUAGAGAUCCAUUGAGCAGUUUAGCAUCUAAAUGCCUUUGAUAACAUUUCACCACAAAGACAUUAGAGUUCCAUUUCAAUUUCUUUGAUAACAUGCUGUGGUCAUGUGACGCACACACACACACCAAUAGAGGGGUCCAUGUUCACUGAAGCUUUACCACCAUUUUGUGAGUGGUGUUCAGAAUGUUUCAGAUAAUUGCAUGCCUCCACAAAUGUUCCCUGACCUUGCAAUAGAGGUCUGAUCUUCAGUUGGUAACAGAGGAAGUAUAUUUUAAUCUUUUCAGAUUCUGCAUUUUUGGACAUACUGUAACUUGCAUGUUAUUAAUUCAUACCUGAAUUUCUUAAACACAACUAACCUCCAGGUAGAUCACUAAAAAAAAUCUAUCAUAGAGAUGCCUUUAUUUUGUAUUUUCACUGUAUCAGACUGUACUGUAUUUGCUUAUCUUGUGUAUCCUGGGCUCUGUCAGUGAAAAUGACUAUCUAGAUUAUACACCAUGAUGAAUGUAAUAUCAAAAUCAGAGUUGUUGUACAUAUUCAGUGUUAUAUUAAGACACUUAUUUUAGAGGCUGCUGCAUUCAAUACUGUACUUUUAAUGGCUGCCCAAGUGUCUGCGUAAACUGAGCCUUUUCUGGACAGCCUCCUGAAACUGCUAAUGUGCCCAUUGAACGAUCUCUAUUAACUCCUCUGCUACUGUUUUUAAGUUCUUUUGCACUUCAGUGUGACCGGUUUAUAGUUCAUUGCAUUUGUCCAACAAUCCAAACCAACUGCAGUUUUGUAUCCGACAUUCGAAAAAAGCACAGUUGAAAUACACACGGUUAAGUGUUCUUUCUCUUUUUCAAGGCAGAUUAUCUUUUUCAUCAGUGUUGUAUUACAUUGUUUUAUCGAAAGGCCUGGCAUCUAGACUACUGGACCAUCUAGACUACUGGAAGUGUAAAUGUCUUUGUAUAUACAUGAGUUGAAAAUGCAUUGUCUUUUGCUUUAUUUGCACUGAUCAAGAAAACAGCCAACAAAAAAAUUACUAUAUGUAACAGCAUGUUACAGUAUGUAGGCAUUUUUACUUCGGUAAUCACAUUUUUAUGGCGUUGCAGUAUUUUCUACUUGCUACUGGGUUUGAUUCUGAAACUCAUUUGUAUGUUUUGUGCAAUGGAAAUGAACGGUGGGCAGAUGCUGAAUUGGGACUUACUGUUCAGGUAAAUAAAGUAAAAGAAACUGCCUGUUACGAAA